AUUUAUUAUUUGUUUAUGCGCGUUGUGGAUGAUAUGUGCGCGCACCAGCUGCGUCUGAAGGAAAUACCGUUCGGGAAUCUAAGCAGCCGUUCGUCCGCGCGCCGCGAUGUCAGACGUCCGUCUCUCCAGCGGCAGCCCCACCACGGUGGAGCGGGUGGAGGCGCGGCAGCAGGACAGCGUCCGGCAGGUCCGCAGGGCGCUCUUCGGCACACCUGACCCGGAGGAGACGCGGAGGUAUUUGGCGGAGCUCACGCGCGAGGGCGCGCGGGAUUUUGCGCAGAGGUACAAUUUCGACCCGCUGAGCGAGCGGCCGCUGCCGCCGGGGAACUACGAGUGGCAGCGGGACGACGACGCGCCGGAGUUUUACACCAGGCCGCCGCACGGGAGCCGGCGAGCGGCAGGGAGCAGCCGGGAGGACGCGGAGAGGAGAACCGGCGCUCUGCCGGGGAGAAGCGCCGCGCGGAAACGGCGCGCGGACGCGUCAGAUUGUUGCUCCAAACCGUGUCCAAACAAGAGGUCGCGCCCCGACGAGGACGAUCCAGAGGAUCAGUCGGACGGUGCAGGAAGUCAGGCGCUUUCAGUGGGACCCACCGAGGCAGACAGCACACAAGAUGUCCCCUAAAAUAAAAUAAAAAACAUUAUUUAAAAAGAAGUGCCAGGUAAAAACUAUCUCCACAGCUCCUCUUCCUCCAACCAGCAUCCACGAGUUCUCCAAACAGCAUCAUCAUGCCUUUAUUUUGAAAAGAUUCUUCUCCUCUACACCCCGCAGAGCACUCAAACCUGUCCUUAUGGAUCACUCUCUAAUCACCAUCAGAGGAGCCUAAUCCUAUAGAAGGGAGCCUUCACAAGCACUGAACAUGUACACUAUCCACCUUUGGCACUCACAGACAAGCAGAACCGCCUCAAACAGCAGAAGAUGUAGCAAUGUGCAAAAAAAAGAAAUGACAAAAAAAAAAAAGAUUUUUGCUUCUUUUUUCUAAUACCUACUACCUAUGUUUAAGAUGUAGCACAUAAAAAAGCAGAACGCUUUUCAUGCCUGUUUGUUUGUUGACUUAGGAAAUUGCAGUGCAAUUUCCAACAAAUAUACCUGUUUUUUUUUUUUUUGUAAAAAUGUAAUUUGUAUUCAGGUAAUCAAUAAUUUGAAAAAAAAGCAGAAAAGUCAGGGCUUUACUUUUUCUGUGGCUUUAUUAUUUGCUGAUUUUGUUUUUUUGCCCCCAUUUGGCCACAGUGUUAGUCAAAAGGAUGAAUGAUGUUUACAACACAUUAUAUCCACUUUUUAUUUAUUUAUAGUUUUUUAAACCUUAAGUGGAAUUUGCCAAAGUUAAAUCCCUCUUUUUAUUUUUGCUUUAAUUUUUUGAGUCAAUUUGAACAGUGUUUGCAAGAGUCAAACAUUUUUUUAACACUAAUAUUAUUUUGGGGUCAAAAUUGAUCCAGUUUCAUUCUUGAAACUGGGUCAAUUAUGAACCCAACACAAUAUUAGUGUUAUUUUUUACAGGUCAUGCCCCCAAGUUCUGGUCCAUGAAAAUUAACACCCCCACUGGACUUUUUUUUUUAUACUAUUUUAAUUCUUUUAUUUUGAAAAUAUGUGAAAGAUAAUUUUCUUUGUGGUGCGUUUAUCCUGUAAUUGCACUAUUCUUCUUUUUUUUGUGAGGGCAGGAAACACAAAGUGACACCUCCUUAUCUGGUGUCAAACUUGUACCUGUGAGGUUAUUUUUAUUUUUAUUAUUUUUUUUUUAGAAACACUGAAAUUUUAACUAACUUAUUUAUGUCAUACUUCUUUUGUGAGUGUUUAUUGCUUCCAAAGAAACAUUGUGUUCAUUUUUUUGUAAAUAUGUAUUUCUUUAUUGUUUAUAAGAUGAAUAAAUAAAAUUGCUUAACUGAGCCUUAUAUUAGAUUUUAUGCCUUUUUUUCCUUAUAUUUUUUGUAUUUAAAAGUGUUACCAUGACGACCACUACAGCUGUUUUUACUUUUUGAUUGCUAGUAAUAAACACACACAUGAUGUCUAAAGUGA